AACAAUAAAUCCUUAAAUAAAAAAAAUAAAAAAAAGAAACAAGAAGUUAUUAGCUUUCCCUCCUCCUCAACCAAAUUAUCGGUGGUUCCAAACAUAGCCUUAAUCUCUCAAUCUCUACGACUCUUCUUCCUCUCUAUCUCCAUUUUAUCUCCCAAAAUCAGCCGCCGUCUGCCGAUCGUCGUCGACUGCUCCAUCCAUCCAUCCAUCCAUCCAUCUCUUUCAAGUGAAGAAUGGUUUCGGGUUUAAUCAAUGCCAAUCCUGUGGUCUAUGAAAAGAAAGAGCGCCGGGUCCGAGGUGCUAUAAGUGAUGUAGAUGAGUAUGCAGUGGAACCAAUUGAUCAGCAAGAAAUUUUUGAUCAUAUUAGAGAUAUAAAAGAUCCUGAGCAUCCUUAUUCUUUGGAAGAACUCAAAGUAAUAGCAGAAGACGCAAUUGAAGUGGAUGACCAUCGUAGUCAUGUUAGGGUCACUUUUACUCCCACAGUUGAACAUUGUAGUAUGGCGACAAUAAUUGGUCUUUGCUUAAGGGUGAAACUCAUAAGAAGCCUACCUUCUCGUUACAAGGUGGAUAUUCGAGUUGCACCUGGAUCACAUGCAACUGAAGCAGCUGUUAAUAAGCAGCUGAAUGACAAGGAAAGGGUUGCAGCAGCAUUAGAAAAUCCAAGCCUUGUGGAUAUGGUUGACGAAUGUUUAGCUCCCACCUUUGGUUCUUGAACUAAAGCAUGUAUGUCACGAGUGAAGCUCGCAACAACGCUACAAGUUUUUCACUAUGUGAUGAAAUUUUGGCCUCUUCUCCGUUUUGUAUAUGAUUCAUUCAUCAAGUUUUGAAGAGUCUAUUUGUUGUGGAAAGCAAGCCAGAGCUAUAGUUUUUAUCUCAAUAAUCACAGUUUCCCUA